AUGAAUGCGAACCGCAACGAGGCACCAGCCUCUUACGAUGACAUUGGGGUCGGUGACACACACCCAGACGUGCAGAAAUGCGUCAAUCGGAUCUUCAAGGCAUCUGGUAAAUAUCCCUGGGACUGGCUGCCACGCGAUUACGUUCCCAAGGUCGCCGCUUGGGGCACCAACGCCGCGCUGAACCUCGCCCUUGCCGUUGAAGCUGUUCACGCUCCUGGGUCAGCGGUGACCAUGGACGAACUGCGGGAGUUCCUGGUACGGAAGGCCAGGGAGCGCCAGAAAGUGAGCAAGAAUGGCAAGGCAGUCAAACCCACCAUGAACUCAGAUUGCGCGAAGGCUAGAAAGUGGAUUGAAGACAACAUGGCCAACUCCCAAAUCACAUCGAAACAGAACAAGUACAAACGGUCGAGCCAUGAUGGUGCCUUUAGGAAAGUGAGACCGAAAACAUGGCGCAGGCUCACUAUCGCUCAAAAGCAGCAACCUCAGGACAAUCUUGACGAUGAUGAUGAUGAUGAUGACGAUGACGACGACGACGAUCCAUUCCCAGGGAUCGACUUCAGUAGGGAAAUGAGUGUUCUCAGCGAUAUCAGCAAUGUGAGCAGUGCAAUCGGUCCAUCCGAUCGGCCUCAGCACUCCCCUCCGCCGCCGCCCGAUUGGACUUGGACUCAGAAGCGGGACAUGCCUCCUCCACCCUGUCCAGUCCCUAGCAAACGCUCGCGUCAGGUCGAGCAAUUUGUGUCGACCAACAUCGAUGACUCCAAGGAAGCAUUCAGCCUAGUCGAUGCAGAGGAAGAAGCUUGUCUCAGUCAAGUUGAAGCGACGAUGUUCUAUGCUAUCAAUCGCAACCUUCGGACAGUAGGCGAAAGGAUUGAUGCUGCUGAGUUCUGGCGCAACGUAUACAACCAGGAGAUUCACAAUACCCGAAGAAAACUAGCUUCAAUCGAGAUGCAAGCCAGUCACUGCGUCUCAAUAGCCACGAGAGAACGAGACGAAAAACGUGAGAAAGUGAGGCAAGUGAGGGAGGAAAAGGAGACCCUUCACGUGGUGAUCGAGAACCAAGGUGGAAAGUGUUCAGACGCUCUGCAAAAAAUGUACGACGGCUUUAUCCUGGAGUAUGAAGACGAGCAGAAGGAGCUCAAGAAAGCCCAAAACACUUUGGAAGCAAUAGAAGAGGAAAAUCAGAAGAACAAGCAACGUCAAGACGAACAAGAUAAGAUCGCAUCUCUAGAGAAGGACAUUACCAAAGAAGAAGAGAUCAUCAAGCGGGCGACGAGGAGGAAGUUAGCACUCGAGACAGUCCGGUGUAAUGUGGAUCUGGACAGAUUUCUGUCUGCUCCUGACGAAGUGCUAUGCGCAGCGCAUGAAGCAGCCAUGAAAGGGUAA